ACUGCCAUCGAUUUGUUCAUAAACGUAACAUCAGUAGUAGGCUAGUUCAGAUUGUAGACCACACUGAAAACGAAAGUUGCCACGUCGUAAAUAUACCGUCUACAACUAGAACUAGGGUUCUAGAUACAAGCCACUUUUGUUGCACAGCUCGCGGUAUAGGAAUAGAAAUAAUAUUCACAAGUCUUCAAAGUCGUUUAUAGCCUAAAUAAAACUCAACAUGGCUUUUCGUACGCUUCGUAUUGUUGCAGUACUCGUAUUAUCAUUUUUUGUAAUAGGUUAUGCAGAUGAAGAACCUGUAGCAGACGGAAAUGCAGACCCUAAUAAAGUUGUUAUUGAAAUUCUCACCCCACCACCAGAGGAUUGUGACAAAAAAAGUAAACGAUAUGAUAUGCUUUCAAUGCAUUAUACCGGCACGCUAACUGAAUCGGGAACAAAGUUUGACUCCAGUUUCGACAGAGAUCAGCCAUUUGAAUUUCAGUUGGGUACUGGUCAAGUAAUUAAAGGAUGGGAUGAAGGUCUCCUUGAUAUGUGUGUUGGGGAGAAAAGAAAGCUGAUCAUUCCAUCAACCAAAGGUUACGGAGAGCAAGGUGCAGGAGCAAUGAUUCCACCUAAUGCUGGACUUACUUUUGAGGUUGAGUUGGUUGGUCUCAAAGAAGGAGCACCUCCCCCUAAUGUGUUCAAAGAGAUUGACACUGACAAUGAUAAACAGCUUUCACAAGAUGAGGUUUCAGAUUAUUUGAAGAAGCAAGCUGCUAAAGCUGGCGGAAAAGCACCCGAUGAUGAUAGCCAACACAAAGAAAUUAUUACCCAGAUUUUUAACCAUGAAGAUAAAGAUAAAGAUGGCUUUAUUUCUCAUGAUGAAUUUAGUGGUCCAAAACAUGAUGAACUUUAAGUUUAUUUAAAAGGACCUCUUUAAUUUAAAAGAAAUUCAGUUUCACAUAUAAGAAAAAAAAACAAAUCCUUACUUGAUAGAGUAUCAGUCCAUGAAAUAUAAACAAAAAUUCAGUGCUCAUUCGAUUCUUGCCAAAAUUGUUAAAAUUGAUUUCGGAUAAAAAAAAAACAUUAACCAUCCAAAGAUGUUUUUUUUUUAAUUUACUUAACCACCGUUUAACAAUAUAAUGAAUUUCUGUUGCAAAAAAAUAUUUUUAACGGCAAGUUUUUUUCUUAAUGUAAACUGGCAUUUAAGUUGUGUAUUAAGUCAUCUAGUGAUGAAAUUAUGAAACCUUUGUCAUUAGAUGGCAUAAAGCCAUGAUAUUGGUAGUGCCUAUAAACAUUACACUUGUGGUUGAAUGAUACUUUAAUUUUUUGUCACUGUAAUACAAUUCAGAAAGAACUUGUAAGUAUUGAAAGGUUAGAAUAUACUGUUACCUGUUUUGCUAUCACUUAUCAUAGUGUUAUAUUUAAACCAAUGUCCAUAAAUUAUUGUGAAUUCGAACCUAUAAAAUGACGGUAUGUUGAUGUUGAAAUUACAUUGUUUUAGUUAUUGUUACCAUUCUGUAAUAGCAGUAGGUUGUACUGCAUAGCUUUGCUUAACAUUGUCUUUUGCUACUGCUACUUAUAAGGAUAAACUAUUAUCAAAAAGAUUUUCUUGUAUUUUAGGAAGAAUCAGCCAAUUUAUUUUAAAAGUUUAUGUGGUUUUAUGUUAGUGAAAGCAUAAAAUGUGGUAUUUAAAAAAAUCAUAGCACUAAAACUACUUCACUUGCUAUGCAAGUGAACUGAUAUGUUGCUUGCUAUGCAAGUAAGUUAUAUUUUUUUCUUCAGUUUUUAAGGUUAGUAAGGAAAAAAGCCAGUUUGUUUUCAUGUUGCAUAAGCAGAAAAAGGGGCAGCCACACUUUUUUCCCCCCAAUAUCAGAUAACUUGAGAGCUAGUCAAUACUUAAAUACCCAGAACUGAACAAUUGUUCCAAAUCAAUGUGCAUGUUUGACAAUUUAUUUGUGCCUUUUCAUCAUUACUAGAUUCUUCUGCUGGAAUAAAUGUUUUUCUUCUGGUAUAUUGCUAAAGUUGCAGUGUGAUUUUUAAAAAAUGUGUUUGCUGUAUUAUGUGAUAGUUAGAUAUUAGUUUUAUUGGACACAGUAUAAACAUACCAUCAUUGAGAUUAUUUUAAUUUUAUUAAUCCUGUUGAUUUAGGAUUUAUUAAUCAAAAGUUAGUUCAUAAAUGGUCUUCCAUUUUUCUUUACAGUUAAAAUUUACUUACUUUAUAUAUACAUUAGAGAUCUGUUUAACGUUCAUGUUUUUACUGUAUUAACUGCCUCAAUGUUGUUAAAUUUUUUUUAUAUAAUUCAUUAUAAUUCAAUUCUUAAGACUGAGGUUGACUUUGUUUAACGGUUGAGGGUAGUUAAAUAUCGCUAAUCUAUUGUCCCAUUAAACCAUUCCCAGUGUGUUAGAGUAUUUUUGUCCAAUGUGUGCAGAAUUUUGAAGAUAUUUAUAACAUUUAUUUUAAUUUAGCAAAAAUAAAAGACAUGAGAAAUGA